AUGAAAUAACUUGAGCGAGUUUGAACUACAUUCUACCUAAUUGAGUCGGCAGAAGAAAACCAUGGAGGAGAGUUCGUUGUGCUUUAUGUGUGGUCAAAAAUCGGAGAAAUUCCACUUCAUAUCGGAGACUAAACGUGAAUCGGAGCUUAGCAUCAGUUACAUUAUCUGCAAACAUUUUUGGUUCCAGGAAGAUGCGCUGCAAAUGGCCAUCAUCUGUGAGCCCUGCUGGCAGAAGGUGGACCAAUUCCAUUGCUACUAUGAAGACGUGCGGCAACGCCACGAGCAACUGGUGUUGGAACCCAAUUCGAUUUUCAUCAAACAGGAGGAGAUUGAAAUCAAAGACGAGGUGAUCGCUAACGGAAAUUGCGAAUUGCAAGAAGAGGAUUCAUUAGAGAGUGGAGGUCAUGUCGAGGUUGCGGAGGAAUGCAACAAACUGUCGCUAGAGAUUGAUCAGGUGUUUGAGAAAGUGACUUCCAAGAAGAUUGGUCGUAAACGAGAACUGUCCUCAACCAAAAAGAAAAUCAUAAAGAAAAAUUCUUCAGAAGGUCAGGUCGCUGAGAAACUAACUAGCAAGAAGCCUGUUGCAAAACGAAAGUCAUUAUUGGAUCAAAAGAGACAAGAAGAGGAUAACUUCAUCAAACAGCAUAUGACGUACGCUUGUGUAAAGUGUUCGCUUAAAUUCGAAGAUUUUAUCUCGAUACGUCGUCAUAUGCAUGAUGUUCACGGCAAGCCACAGAUACCGUGCUGUGGCGUACAGUACACCAGUCGAAGCGUACUGUUUCAACAUGUCCAGGCCGUUCUCAAUCCCGGAGCUUUCAAAUGCGAGCUUUGUGACAGAACGUACAAGUUGAAUCUACAUUACAUUCGUCACAAGCAGCGAUACCAUCCCAACAAUGAACCAUUGAAGUAUGGUUGUGAUCAGUGUCCGAAGCGUUUUUCGACAGAAAGUCAACUUGAACGUCACGUUGUUCACCAUCAAAAGAAGAAGGAGAGGUUUAAAUGCGAAAUUUGCGGUAAAACUUUCAAAUGGAAAAACUCGCUGAAGGAGCACAUGGAUUCUAUCCACGAGAAAAACGCCGUCUUCGUGUGUGAAAUUUGCUCGAAAUCAUUUGUCCGAAGGUGGAUGUUCUUGGAUCAUCUAGAGACUCACGAUUUCACCGCAGAAGAGCUGAGGAAGCAGUGCCCCGUUUGCAAGCGGUGGCAGAGGAACCAACGAAUGUUGAAGAAACAUAUGAGUCGGCACAACGCUGCACGAUCAUGCAAAUGUGACCAAUGCGAUCACGUUUCGGUCAACGCGAUGGCGCUCAAGGUGCACGUCGAACGGCGACAUCAGAAGAACCUGAAAUGUGUGUGUGAUCUGUGCGGCAAGGUGUAUGGUCACCCAGUUACAUUGAAGGAACACGUUGCCAAUGCCCACACCAAAGAACCGUUGUAUGAGUGUAUGUUCUGCGAGAGAAAGUUCUUCUCGAACGCCAGCAUGUAUGCUCAUAGGAAGAAGGCUCACCCGAAGGAGUGGCAGGAACACACCAAGAUCAGAUAUGGCAACAAACCGUCAGCAGCAGAGGAAGAAAAGGAGGAGGCUUCGGAAGUUUCAAGCGACCCGUGCCGAGGAUCGAGCAGUGAUCGAGGGGAUGAAAAAGAAUUCGGUGGCUCUCCCAGGUCGCGAAGAAGCUGUCUGAGCCAGAGCACUUCCUGGCACGCUUCGCUGAGCGCUACAUACUCAGCCUCCAUUGACGACAGACUCCCGCACGGUUGUCGACGACUGGCCCACAUGAUGCUUCCUCUGCUUAACUUGAAUAGUAUGCCGGAUGUCGAGCGACGACUCUCGGCGUCCGAGAAACCACUCGAUAAAGCGGGCGUCGCGGCUCACCGUGAUCUGGUCCGUCACUACAUCCACGAAGCGAAACUGUGCGCGAUGAAUAUGCCGGAACGGGAUGACCUUGAACAACAUUUGCGUGAAGUGGAUGAGUUUUUUGAUCGGCUCGAUGAUGCCGGCACCGAACUGGACAUUGAUACGAAGAUUUGUAUGUUACUGCGAAGCCUACCCCCGUCUUUCGACAAUCUCGUUACGGCUCUCGACAGUCGUUCAGCUGAUGACAUCUCGAUGGAUGUUGUCAAGUCCAGGCUGAUGGAUGAGUACCAUCGGCGGCUGGAACGGGAAGGUGGUGGUGCCGCGAAAAGUGAGAAAUCGAUGCGUUCCGCGGAAAACGGACAAAGUGAGAAGCAAUUCCUGUCGUCGAAGAAAGAGAGUGAUAGUGCGCCGCGUUUCCGAAAAGAAAAAAGUGCGAAAGCGAAAGCAGCUCAAAGUGACACCAAAGGAGUUGCUUUCACGGUCGGUGGUGAGACGGCCUGCUGGAUUAUCGACAGUGGGGCCAGCGCCCACAUGACGAACGAUCGCUCGUUCUUCAUGGCGCUGAAGGAGUUCGCCGGUGGCUGGAUAACUCUGGCAGACGGCAAGAAGACGCAGAUCAAAGGUGAAGCAUCGGAAGAACUGCCAGCACCAAUGGCAUCGGCGCCUGGGCCACCGCGACUGGGAGGUCAGCGAGCGCCUGCUGAAGGAAAACCUAGCCACAGGGGAAAUCGUCUCGGCCUCCCUUCCCUGCUGUUGCCGAACGGAUUGGGAUUCUUGGUGGGGCCGAAAACCGGAGCUCGACCACUUGAAGUGUUCGGCAGCGAGGCGUAUGUGCACAUUCCAGCGGUCAAACGAGGAAAAAUGGAAGGGAAGGCGCGUAAGCUUACGUUCGUAGGCUAUUCUAUGGAGCAUAAGGGCUUCCGCUUCGCGGACCGUGAAACGGAUCAGGUAACCGUGAGCCGAGGAGACGCCAGGUUCAUCGAACUCGGCAAUGGAUCGAACUCCAUGGAUUUCCCUGUUGAAGCCGUUCCUGAGCGAAAUGAAGAAGACGAAUUUGAGCUGCGACCUUUCGUGGAGAAGAAGGAAGAAAGCGAUGCUGAGUCACCGGUCGAAGAUUCUGGAAGCGAGGAGUACCACGAAGUCCCGGAUGAAGAGAUUCCUGAGGCAAACCGCCGAUCGGAUCGGCCAAAUCGUGGAGCGAUACCCAAACGUUACGACGAUUCUGUCUUGGAUUAUGCUGUCUGCACCGCGGCAUGCGCUGUCGAGGAACAGUCGAACUUUCGAGAAGCCCUGAAGAAACCGGAGUGGAAGAGCGCGAUGGAGGAUGAGCUAGCCUCCCAUCGGCGGGGGAGCUCGUUGCACCACCCAAAGAAUGUACAUAAACCUUUUGGGUCUAGGUGGAUGUUCAAGGUCAAGCGUAACGAGCAAAACGAAGUUGUCAAGCUGAAAGCCAGAAUUGUCGCCCAGGGGUACAGCCAACAGCAAGGAGUCGACUACGAUCAAGUGUUCGCACCGGUAUCACGCCAAGCUACUUUUAGGACGUUUCUCGCGGUGGCUUCGAAACUCGACAUGGUCAUGCGGCACCUAGACGUAAAGAUCGCGUAUUCAUACGGAUCGUUGGACGAGAAGAUCCUGAUGCGACAGCCCCCUGGAAAACGCGGCACCUGGCAAGGAGGAGUAUGUCUGUCGGCUCAAGCGGAGUAUUUACGGACUGCGGCAGUCGGCGCGCUGCUGGCACCCGUACACAAGGUGAAGGUAUUCCUGCUUGUUUAUGUCGAUGACAUGCUGAUCGCAUCAACGGACGAACGAGAAGAAGAGUUCGAGCUCACGUCGCCCGGGGAAGUCCGACACUUCCUCGGUAUGGAAGUACAGCGAGAAGGUGGAGUAUACAGCAUCCGGCUACAGAAGUAUAUUGAGAAGCUGAUCGAGAAUUUCGGGAUGGAGCAGACAAAAAUGGUGAAGUCUCCCAUGGACCCUGGGUUCCUGGAGAUGAUUGAAUCUGGAGAAGCUCUUGAGGAUGCGACGAAGUACCGAAGCCUGGUAGGAGGGUUAUUGUACCUGGCCGUGAACGCUCGGCCGGACAUUGCGGCAUCUACUGCAAUCCUCGGUUGCAAGUUCAAUGCUCCGGGAGAAGCCGACUGGACAGCGGCGAAGCGCAUAUUGAGAUAUUUGAAGGCAACAUCCGAAUAUAGUCUGCGACUAGCAGGAAAACCGAAUCAGGCGUUGACCGGCUAUUCUGAUUCUGAUUGGGCUGGCGACGUCGGCAGCCGAAAGUCAACUUCCGGCGCUGUGUUCCUGUGGUGGAGGCGUAAUCUCAUGGGCCAGCCGUCGUCAAGCUUCCGUCACGUUCUCGUCUAUGGAAGCGGAAAGGAAGCCAUGGAGGAGAAUUCGUUGUGCUUUAUGUGUGGUCAAAAAUCGGAGAAAUUCCACUUCAUAUCGGAGACUAAACGUGAAUCAGAGCUUAGCAUCAGUUACAUUAUCUGCAAACAUUUUUGGUUCCAGGAAGAUGCGCUGCAAAUGGCCAUCAUCUGUGAGCCCUGCUGGCAGAAGGUGGACCAAUUCCAUUGCUACUAUGAAGACGUGCGGCAACGCCACGAGCAACUGGUGUUGGAACCGAACUCAUUUUUUAUCAAACAGGAGGAGAUUGAAAUCAAAGACGAGGUGAUCGCUAACGGAAAUUGCGAAGUGGAAGAAGAGAACUCAUUAGAGGGUGGAGGUCUUGUCGAGGUUGCGGAGGAAUGUAACAAACUGUCGCUAGAGAUUGAUCAGGUGUUUGAGAAAGUUACUCCCAAGAAGAUUGAUCGUAAACGAAAACUGCCCUCAACCAAAAAGAAAAUCAUAAAGAAAAAGUCUUCAGAAGGUGAGGUCGCUGAGAAACUUACUAGCAAGAAUCCUAUUGCAAAACGAAACUUAUUGUUGGACCAAAAGAGGCAAGAAGAGGAUAACUUCAUCAAACAGCAUAUGACGUACGUUUGUGUAAAGUGUUCGCUUAAAUUCGAAGAUUUCAUCACGAUACGUCGUCAUAUGCUUGACUUUCAUGGCAAGCCGCACAUACCGUGCUGUGGCGUGCAGUACACCAGUCGAAGCGUACUGUUUCAACAUGUCCAGGCCGUUCUCAAUCCCGGAGCUUUCAGAUGCGAGCAUUGUGACAGAACAUACCCGUUAUAUAUAUAUUACAUUCGUCACAAGCAGCGAUACCAUCCCAACAAUGAACCAUUUAAGUAUAAUUGUGAUCAGUGUCCGAAACGCUUUUCGUCAGAAAAUAAACUUGAACUUCACGUUGUGCACCAUCGCAAGAAGGAAGAGAAGUUCAAAUGCAAAAUUUGCGGUAAAGUUUUCAAAUGGAAAAACUCGCUGAAGAAUCACAUGGAUUCUAUUCACGAGAAAAACGCCGUCUACGUUUGUGAAAUUUGCUCGAAACCAUUUGCCCUUAGGUGGAUGUUCUUGGAGCAUCGAGAGACUCACGAUUUUACCGCAGAAGAGCUGAGGAAGCAGUGCCCCGUUUGCAAGCGGUGGCAGAAGAACCAACGAAUGUGGAAGAAACAUAUGAGCCGACACAAUGCUGCACAAUCAUGCAAAUGUGACCAAUGCGAUCACGUUUCGGUCAACGCGAUGGCGCUCAAGGUGCACAUCGAACGGCGACAUCAGAAGAACCUGAAAUGUGUCUGCGAUCUGUGCGGCAAGGUGUAUGGUCACCCAGUUACAUUGAAGGAACAUGUUGCCAAUGCCCACACCAAAGAACCGUUGUAUAAGUGUAUGUUCUGCGAGAGGAAGUUCUUCUCGAACGCCAGCAUGUAUGCUCAUAGGAAGAAGGCUCACCCGAAGGAGUGGCAGGAAUACACCAAGAUCAAAUAUGGCAACAAAACACCAGCAGCAGAGGAAGAAAAGGAGGAGGCUUCGGUAUAGAAUCGUUAUUUGAUUUUAGUUAGGUUAAAAUGUUUAAAAUGGUAAUAAAAAUACUCAAUUUAUA